AUGGCUCGCUGUUCAGACUUGCAAUGUGGAUCAGAAACUACCUCCGGGCUUAAAUGUCCCAUUUGCUUGAAGCAAGGCAUCGACCAGCCAUUCUGCGAUGAGGGCUGUUACAAGAAUAGCUACAGAGCUCACAAGGCUCUCCACUGGAAAGACGACAAACCAGACCUAUACGACCCUUAUCCCAAAUUCAAGUACACGGGCAAAUUGAGAGCUGCGUACCCUCUAACGCCCAAAAGAGCGGUCCCCGAGGAAAUCGAGGCACCGGAAUGGGCAGAUGAUGGGCUGCCUCGUCUCGAGCAGCGUAACGACACCACCAACAAGAUCAUAGUUUAUUCCAAGGAGGAGAUCAAACGGAUUCGUAAAGCAUGCAUGCUGGCCAGAGAGGUUCUAGACGCAACAGCAGCGGCCGUCAAACCUGGCGUCACAACCGAUGAGCUAGAUAGCAUCACGCACGAAGAAACCGUCAAGAGAGGUGCCUAUCCGUCGCCCUUGAACUACUACAACUUCCCAAAAUCCCUGUGCACCUCGGUGAACGAGAUUGUAUGUCACGGUGUUCCCGACCAGACCGUGCUCAAAGAGGGCGACAUCGUCAAUCUCGAUGUGUCCUUGUACUGGAACGGAAUGCACGCCGAUCUCAACGAGACCUACUAUGUGGGAGAAAACAUAUCCAAGGAGGCCAUCAACACGGUCGAAACGUCAAGAGAGUGUCUCAAGGCCGCGAUCAAACAGUGCAAGCCAGGUGCCACUUUUCAAGAACUUGGAAACUACAUCGAAAAACACGCUAAGGAAAACAAGUGCUCUGUGGUGAGAACUUACUGCGGGCACGGGGUGGGAAGGUUCUUCCACUGCGCCCCAAGCAUUCCUCACUACGCCGGAAACCGUACCUCAGGUGUGAUGCAGCCCGGCAUGGUGUUCACGGUCGAGCCCAUGAUCAACGAAGGUAGCUGGCACGACGUCACGUGGCCCGACGACUGGACCUCGUCCACCAAGGACGGGAAGCUCAGUGCGCAAUUUGAACACACACUGCUCGUUACUGAGCAUGGUGUGGAGAUUCUGACUGCCAGGAAUAAAAAAUCGCCAGGUGGACCAAGGCCCAGAAGAAAGUAG